AUGUCCGCCAACGACUACUACGGUGGAGGCAGCGGCAGUGGCAAUCACCAGCAGGGGUAUGGCCAAGACUACAACAAUCACCAAUCUUCAGGCCAACAACCUUUUUCUCCGCCUCCAACCACAUACACGCCCAACUCGAGCGCCCAACAAAGUCCAUAUCCUGGGUCCGCACAACCGUACAGCCAACAGCAAGGCUACGGUGGCUAUGAUUCCGGAUAUUCAAACGAGUCGAGUGGCUACCAUGGCUACGACAACACGACCAGUGGCGGACAAUAUGGCUAUCAAAGCUACGACGCACAAAGACCCACUCCGAUCUCGGGCUACGGUCAAGACCAUGCUCAGACCUAUGACAAUCGUCAGUAUGGUGGUCAAAGCCAAGCACAGGCUGGACAGUGGGACCAAAACUACACGCAAAAGUUUGGCGAUCUCUCCUUGAACGACGACUCAACUGACCACGGAAGCAGCCAGUAUCAGAACCCUCCAGCCUAUGGAACCCAAGACCAGCGCCAGUUUGGCAGCCAAGCAGCAGCCUACCCGCCAGCAAGCAAUUAUCCUGUUGAUCCUGAUGAUCCAGCCGCGAAUCCUGGCGAUAGAGGCAUCCUAGGCGCCAUCGGCGGAGCAGCAGUCGGCGGCUUUGCCGGCCACAAAGUCAACCACGGCUUCCUCGGCGCUGUAGGCGGUGCUAUCACUGGCUCUCUGGCCGAAGACGCUCUGAAGAAGAAGCACAAAGGCGACAAGAAGGACAAGAAGCACAAGAAAGACAAGAAGUACUCCCACGGUGGCCGCCGUGACUCCUCAUCAUCCUCGUCAUCAAGCAGCAGCUCCGAUUCCGACCCUUCAAAGAAGAAACACAAGCACAAACAAAAGUACGUUGCUGCAGGGGCUGUCCUGCGCGGAAACUUCUCCGCUUCAAGCUCUAACGUAUACUUAGAGCAUCGCACUACGCUGGUCGCGGACUGUAGUCCGAUUCAGGGCUCUGCACGCCGCAGCCAGAUUGAUCUGAAUAGCGUGCUUACGAACAAUUGUGGUACGCUGCAAUGGUCGCGAGGAGGUAAUUUUGGCGCGAGUGCGAGGAACACGGAGCUCAAGGACGGUGGAAGGGUGCUGGAGGCAGAGCUGGGCGACGGGAGGGGUGGGUGGUCGCGGAGCUGGAUUCGAUUGGAUGAGAGGAUAAGUAACAAUGAUGGGAGGCUGAUCUACCUUGAUUGA